AUGACUCACCGCCUCACUCUCCAAACCUCCGACGCGUCGCAGGCCGUCCGCGCCGCCCCACCGGCGAAAGCCGCGGCCGUCAAGCCCGCGCGCCGCGGGCCCUCCGCGCGCAAUCUCGUCGUCAGGGCCGCCGCCGGCGACUCGUGCGAGCUCGAUAACUUUCAGCGCGUCUCCGUCCUCGCCGAAGCUCUGCCGUACCUGCAGCGAUUCGCGGGUCAGACGGUCGUGGUCAAGUACGGCGGCGCGGCGAUGACGGACGAGUCCCUCAAGGACCGCGUCAUAAAGGACCUCGUUCUCCUCUCCACCGUCGGCAUCAGACCCAUCCUGGUGCACGGAGGCGGCCCCGAGAUCAACGGCUGGCUCAAGAAGGUUGGCAUCGAGCCCAAGUUUCUCAACGGCCUCCGCGUGACGGACGCCGCGACGAUGGAGAUUGUCGAGAUGGUCCUCGUGGGCAAGGUGAACAAGUCGUUGGUGUCCUUAAUCAACUGCGCCGGGGGACGGGCCGUGGGCAUGUGCGGCAAGGACGGCAACACCCUCAGGGGUAAGAUCAAGAACCCCGAGUUGGGAUUCGUCGGCGACGUCACCUCGGUGGACACAGCCGUGCUCUCGCAGCUCGUGUCGAGCGGCCACAUCCCGGUCGUGGCGACGGUGGCGAUGGACUCGAGCGGGCAGGCGCUCAACGUCAACGCGGACACCGCCGCGGGUGAGCUCGCGGCGUCCAUCGGAGCCGCGAAGCUCAUCCUGAUGACGGACGUGCCCGGAGUGUGCACGGACAAGGACGAUCCGGGGACGCUGAUUCGCGAGCUGACAAUCAACGAGUCGAGGGACCUGGUGGGAGACGGGGUCAUCGCGGGCGGCAUGAUCCCGAAGGUGGAGUGCUGCGUCAAGUCCAUCGCGCAGGGCGUGAAGAGCGCGCACAUCAUCGACGGCAGGGCGCCGCACUCGCUGCUGCUGGAGAUCUUGACGGACGAGGGCGCGGGGACGAUGAUCACCGGAUGA